AUGCGGAAGCGUAUCAAGUAUCGGUUACCCAUUCUGGGAAUGAACCGUCCGAGUUAUUGUGGCCAACCAGGAUUUGAACUGAGGUGCGAGAAUAAUGUAACGGAAAUCCUGAUGAAUGAAAACACCUUACGAGUUCUUGACAUAGACCCUGAACGACAGAUUCUUAAGGUAGCUAGGGAGGAUUACUGGAAUGGUUAUUGUUCCACGAAAUUUAUCAACACCUCAAUCGACUUCGAUCACUUCAAUUACGGCUCAAACAUUAGGAACCUCACCCUAUUCUACGGAUGCAACCCGCUGCCAACCUCGACAUUUCUUCCUAACUGCUCCAUGAAUAGUACACUUAUUGAUGUGUCAUAUGCUGUUAGAAACAUGUUGGGUGACCCUCGCUAUGGCAUAUGCCGUGAAAUUGUCGUAGUUCCGGUUUAUGAAGCUGCAGCAAAGGACCUGGAGGUGAACCCUAUGAUUAUGCAAGCUGCUUUAAGAGGAGGUUUCGAAUUGCAAUGGGAAGCGGAUAAUGAUCAGUGCAGAAGAUGCAGAGAUUCAGAUGGGAUUUGUGGAUAUAAUCAUAGUUCAAAUAGUUUCACAUGUUUUCCAACAACUGAAGGUACGUUAUAGCUCUUCUUCCGUAUAAGUUUGCUCAGCUGUUUGUUGUUGCAGAACUUACCGUUUCAUUGAAUAUCUUGAGCCUUAACUCUCAAGUAACCUUCACGGUUUGACUCAUUCUGAUGUCCAAUCUUCAUAAGCAGUAGCAGCAAAUUGGCCUUUGUUACUUCAGAUCGAAUCCUAAUCUAAAUCUCCCCAAGAAGCCAAUGACUUCAUUAACUCUAACCAUUUUGAUUGGUUAAUACCAGUUCAUCUUCAAAUUCCAUGGCCGCUUGUUCUCUUUCCCAUCACAACUGCAUCAGCUAGCAGAUAAAACGUAGGGUCUUACCAGUUGUUUAUAGAUUCGACCUAGAAAUACUUUCAGCCAAAGUAGUACUAUUAUUGAUUUAUUCAAUCAUUAAAAUCAGAUGAUAUUUUCCAGUUA